AUGUCUGCGCGCGGCGUUAUAAGGCGGCGCACCGCCUGUGCGCGGCCAUUCUCUUCUCUUCUCUUCUCCCUUUCUCCCUCUUCAUCUUCGCUUUUUCUUUCUGCCAUGCACUUCACUGCGUUGACCGCAUUCUCCGCGCUCCUCCUCUCGCUCUCGAGCGUCGCCGCGCCCCUCGACCAUGUCCGCCGCCUGGAACAGGACGGCACGGUGCAAGUGUGCUCCGACACGGACGGCGGAGGGGAGUGCGUCCCGAUCGAGUUCCACGUGACGGACUCGAGCCAGGUGCCGAUCGGGGACACGGCGUGCACGGACGCCUCCGCGGCGCGCUCGAUCGUCAUGCAGGAGGACGACACCUGUGUGCUCUUCCGGUUCCCCGACUGCGAGACGCUCGUGGACGGCGAGUUCCGGGCCGCGCGCGAGACGUUCUCGAACUCGGAGGCGGCGGCGGACAUCCCGGAGGACGUGCAGAGCAUCUCGUGCGGCCGCACCCCCGGGCUCGUCAACGGGCUGUUCCCCCAGUAG